AUGUUGGCAGAACCUAAGAUAAGUGGCAAACUAUGGCACAGAAGGCUGGCACACAUAAAUAGUGAGGAUAUGAAUAAAAAGAGGCCUAAGACUCAGAAAGGCUGUGAUUCAGACACUUCUGUGUAUGAGGAUGGGAAUGAAAUAUUAACUGAAACUCUAACUACAGACAACCUAGCACAAGAAGAAAAUGCAGAAUUAUUAAAGGCUCUUGCAGGGCCUGAGAGUGAGCAGUGUAAGCGUGCCAUGUCCGACGAGCUACAGUCUUUCGAAGACAACGAUGCUUGGGAGCUCGUUGACAACCCAGGUGAUGUGACAAUUAUGAAGUGUAGAUGGGUGCUUAAUAAAAAGUUUGAUGUGGACAAUAAUAACUGA